AUGGAAUUAUUAAAGCCAGACCUACAAGUGGAGUGGGCUCCUUUCAGGUGGGAAGAUGCCCACGUAUCCAUUCGUCUCCGCGUACAGAUUCGCUCCCACACGCCCGGGCGAGUGAUUCCGGAGGGCCGCGCGGGGCUGUGUGCGCGGGCGGGGGCGGGAUGUGUCUGGAGGGGGCAGAGCGCCCUCUCCCGGCCCCGGAGGGCCCACGCGGACCGGCUGAGCGUCCCACCAGCUGGUUCUGCAUCCACUACCCAGAUCUGCGCGCCCUGGUGGGAGCACUGCAGCCCCGGGUCGGCCCUUCGAACGCCGGGCGUCUACCCGCGGAGACCAGCGCAGGAGGCGGGCCCGCGCUCAAGGAGGCGGGCGACCGGGUGGAGUCGCCGCAGCUGGCAGCCGCACGGCUCCACCUGUUGCAGCGUCGGAGCGCGCCCGCCUGAGAAGGCAGAGCGCGGUGCGGACCUGUGCUUCGCGCGCCGGCUGGCAGGGCAGGGCCGCGGCUGCCAGGAGGCCCGGGAACAGUCCCGACGGAGCGGCGCGGAGAGGGCGCUCCCCGGAAGCCCGUCCGCCCAACGGAUGCGCAGCGUUGGGGCCCGGCCGGAGGUCGGAGCCCUCGGACGCCGCAGCCCUCGGACGCCGCUCAGCACAGCCCCUCUCUCCAUGCGCCCGCCCUGGACCCCCUCCAUCCCUAAGCCCCGGCAGCCGAUUCGGAGACUCGGGAGGCCACAGGCUCAGCGCGACACCACGACCACAACUAGGAGGCACCAUCGUCGAUCUACCUGGGGAGGCACCUACAAAGCCAGCAGACUGACACCCGCGUCCUAGCCGUCGGCGGCCUGCGAAGCGAUAGUCAAAGGAACCAGGACCCAGGACCCCGGCGCUCUGCUUACCCGCAGACCUCCGGACCGCCCCCCCACCCCGC